UUGUCAUUUAAUAAGUUUUAUUCAAAUUUUGGUUUAGAUAUAGAGUAAAAAUUCUCAUGAAGUUUUUAAUGUUAUGGUAUUUUUUGAAAAAGAUCAGGGAGUUGUAAGAGAAGAUGGCGAAUUUUAUUUGCUCUAUGAGCCAAAGGAUAUACUUGGAGAUGGUAUAUCCAGUGUGGUGCGGCGAUGCAUCCACAAAGAAACAGGUGAAGAAUAUGCUGUGAAAGUGAUUGACAAAUUUUGUAAGCGAUGUGAAAGCGUCAAGGGUAUUGAUGUUGUAAGACAGUUCCAUACUGAAGUCAGUAUUUUAAAUAGGCUGAAAGGCCAUCCUUACAUAAUUUCAUUAAAAGAUUCAUUUGAAAGCAGUGCAUUUAUGUAUUUGGUACUAGAGUUAGCUAAAGGUGGAGAACUUUUUGAUUAUUUGACAAAAGAAGUGACUAUUUCUGAAAAACUCUCAAGAAAAUUUUUAUGGCAAUUACUGCAAGCUGUUAAAGGUAUUCAUGAUGAGGGAAUUGUUCAUAGAGACAUUAAGCCAGAGAAUAUACUUCUUGAUGAAGAUAACAAUGUUAUAUUAUCAGAUUUUGGAUUUGGAGCUAUAACGACCAAUGCUCAACCACUUUUUGAAAUACUUGGAACUCCCUCUUACUUUGCUCCAGAAGUGUUAAGGUGUCUUGUAUUAGAAGACCCCCAAGGAUAUGGAUCAGCAGUUGACUUAUGGGCUUGUGGUGUGAUUCUCUACACUUUGUUAGUUGGGCAAGGUCCUUUUUGGCAUAGAAAAGAUACUGUUAUGUAUCGAAAUAUAAUGGAAGGAAGUUUUAAGUUUCAAUCCCCAGAGUGGGAUGAUAUAAGUGAAGGUCCAAAAGAUCUGAUAAGAAAACUUCUGGUUGUAGACCCUCAACAACGUUACACUGCAGAUGAAGCUUUAUCUCACCCAUGGUUUAAAGUUCUUAGCUGUUCAGAUAUAAAAUUAAAAGCAGAACAUCCAAAAUUGAAAUUAAAGGUUCUUGUGUAUGCACUUUUGACAAUGAAACGGUUAUACUACACAUACCAUGAAAGACACGCUCCUAUGACAUACAAAACAGUUUUAAAUAAUCCCUAUAAUUUUAAGGAAAUUCGCAAAAUUAUUGACAGCUGUACAUUCAAUAUGUAUGGACAUUGGGUGAAGCGAACGCCGGAUCAGGCACAAAACCGUGGAGCAUUAUUUGCAAACUCUUUGAAACGUGAGCUUGUUAAAGCAGAUGUGGUUGAUGGGUUUAAACCGCUUAUUCCCAUGCUUUAUUCUCAUGAACUUACGCAAUCGUUUAUUCCAAGGCGACCUUCUUUUAUCAAAAACUCAAGCUCUAAUUCUCUGGACAAAUACACAUCUAAUCAUAGUAGUAAAACGGACGCCCUUUCAAAUAAUAGACCGAACACCCCUUCAAACAAUUGAUUUAGCCCUUCCCUUAUAUAGUUAAUGCAGAUUGUUUUUAAAAUAUUGAAAAUAUUCUCAUUCUUAAAAUAGUUUUAAAGAAAAUUUUUUAUUUUCUAAAAAUUUUAUGUGAAUAACUUCUUUUAUAUAUUUACUAGGACAAGAUUGUCUACAAUUAUUUUAUGUGAAGACUUUCUUUUAUGUUUUA